AUGGCGCUUUCAGUUUGUGCACGACCUGGACCCUCCUGCCAAGCAAACCCUCGUAGCAUGGACUACGGCAAGUAUUUCCCGUCCUUGGAGAUGAAUAUCUCCGUCGCGAAAGGUCCGUCGGUGUGUGUCAUUAUCAAAUUGGGCUGCAUGCGGGAUUUAGCCCCAGGGGCGGUUACUGUAGUGGCCGCGUCAUCUGGAAGACCAAGCCGUAUUAGAGUCUGGACGCUUGCCAUUGACAGAUGCACGGGCCAAUUGACAGGAAAAGGAGAAGCGCGGAAAACCCGGAUCAGACACAUAACAACUGAAGGGCGGAAAAGGGCCCGUAGCGUUUUGAUGGUGACAGAAAUAGAGACACUAGUAUGGCACGGAUUGAUCUCUAAACCUAAUGAAAAUAACAUGAAUCUCAGGAUUAUACCCAUAUCGACUGUAUCGCAUCCUUCUCGUUUUGGCCCCCUUGACUCGCAAUCAUCGGGAGUCCACGAGUCCGCUGCGGGACGCCGGCUCGCUCCCAAUCCUUUGCCCCGGGGGUCAAAUGAGCAGUCCUCUAUGGCAGUGGGAACCACGCCGCCUGCCGAUCGCGCAGAAACUGGUAGCGACCUAGGACCGGUAGACCGCCAGUUAGGAGGGGACUGCGAGGAUGCCAGAGAAGACUUCCACCCUACUCUAGGGUCCCCUCAGGGUCCCAUUCCUGUUACUCCCCCUAUUCUUGGGUCCACCUUGUGGGCUCCCCCAACUUUGACGGGGAAAGCUCUAUUCCGAGUUCGGCUACAACGUUCCCAGCGAGGGCAUCAUCACUACGACCUGUCGACUGUCAGUGUCGAGAGUCGAGACUGGGCUGACCCACCAACUUGGAACCGCCACAGCGGCAGGGGACAGCUUGAUCGAGGACGUCAGCUCCCUGGCACGCUGAGAGACAACCAGACGAAGCAUUACCAAGGGACUCAUGACGGAACCGCAAAUAGACCACCAACAACAGCCGCAGCCAGGAUCAAGCCACCUCCAAGAGGCAGGGGGGCCAAGGAGAGGGACAGGCGAGCCGCGCACGUGGGGCCGCCACAGACAGCCAGCCAGACUUCUUCCCUUCUCUUCCUAUCCAUCAAUAGCAUCCUCUACCUACAUACUCCCUUCUCACAGAUCCAACUACCGGCUUCAUGCUUAGCCGACCCACAGAAGCCCAGCAGGUACGUUCAAACCCUAUUUUGCAUCAGCCCUGCCCCUGAGCCACUCUACCACCCCCCACAAGCGCCGGGUCUGCCGAUCCGUGCGGUUCUUGCAUGCGAGCCGAAUUCGGUGACAACAGUGCAUGACGAAUGCUUGGUUCUUUCCACGCAUCUCACCAGAUGGAUGGAGGUCAUCAUCGCUGGGUCACUGCCGACCCAGCGCUUGGAGAGCGCCUUAUAA